AUGGCUAUUUCCAAAAAAGCGUUAGUUGAGCAAAUAUGCGCGAAGACGUUCAAGUCUAGUCUUACAUGCUCAAUUUUUGGUUUUGCGUUCCUAUUUAUUAUUUAUUUGCUUGAUUGGUCUCGAAUCACUAGAUUUCCUCCACAAAAGUCGUUGCAGGGAUUAAAUGUCGAGCGUGCUUGGGACGACCUGAAAUUCAUUUCGCUACUCCCUCAUCCUUACAAUUCAAAGCGAAACGAGGUUGUCCGUGACUAUUUGCUAGAUGAGUUGAGACCACUUGGAGAAAAUAAUCAGUCCCAUGUAACUGUUAUUAAUGACCUCUACACGAACAUAACGUUUGAGUUAGAUGACAAGUCCGGUCUGAUUUACUUCGAAGGAAAUAAUAUCUUGGUACAUUUUCAGGGAAAAGAACGACAAGCACUUCCUAUACUUCUAUCUGCUCAUUUUGAUUCAGUAUCGACCGGUAAAGGUACCACCGAUAAUGGCAUGGGGGUUGCUACUACGUUGGAGCUUUGCAGAUACUAUGCUAAGUAUCAGCCAGAGCGAGACUUAAUAGUAAACUUUAACAAUGCGGAAGAAGAUUAUUUAUACGGAGCUCGGACCUUUGCUGCUCAUGAGCUUUCUAAAAACGUAACAGGUUUUAUCAACCUUGAAGGAGCAGGAUCUGGUGGGAAAGCAAUGCUAUUUCGAUCUUCAAAUCACUACGUAACAAAAUCAUACUUUCGGAAGAAUAAGUAUCCUCUGGCCUCAAUCUUAGGGUCAGACUUUUUCAAGCGAAAGAUAAUUCGCAGUGAAACAGAUUAUAUCAUAUAUGAAAACAUGCAUAACGGGACCGCUGGUCUUGACAUUGCUUUUUAUGAAAACCGAGACAUCUAUCAUACUGCUAAAGAUGAUCUACCGCAUGUUAUGCCCAAGUCUUUGAGGCACAUGAUGUAUACAGCAUUUCGUUCUGUAAAUAAUUUGCUUGACGAGCGCAAGAAAGAUUUGACGAACUUCUCAAAGCCUACUUUCUUCUUGUUAUUUGGAAAGUACUGGCAGCUUAAAUAUCCUUUAUACCAAAUGACAAACAUCGUUUUAGUUAUUGCUUGUCCGAUUAUUUUACUUUCAAUUUUGCUUCGGUUUCCUUCAUUAUAUGCUCAAAUAAAAAAGACAAGAUACACGGCGUGUUUUCUCUUAUCUUGUGUUUUUGUUUUUAUCUUUGAUGCUGGGACAGUACUUUUUUUGACUUGGUAUAAUCCGUAUCUUAUAAAUGCUCAUAGUGGACUCGUUUCUGCCUUAUUUUAUUUAACUAAUUUAAUUGCCCUGGCUUUCUCGUUCCGCACAGCAGCUACACAUAGCAAGCUUUCAUCGGAAGACUUAAGCUGUAUUGAAAUUGUUCUCAUUUGGUACGUUCAAAUGCUAUGGUAUGCAGUAUUUCUUAUAUCUGUUGUCCUGUCUAUUUAUUAUGAAUUGAGUUCCACAUACUGGGUUACGCUUUCCUAUUUAAGCACCGUUUGCUGCUGUAUAUUAACUCUAAUUCGAAUUCGUUAUUUUGUUGAUAACGUUGAGGAUAUGAAUUUCACUCAUGAAGAACGAUCCCUUCUGGGUGCUCCUUCUUCGAAUCAAUCUCAGUAUGGUUCUGUUCCUCAACCACCUCUGUUUCACAGGCAAUCAAAUUUAUCUACCAAAAAAGCACACGCGAAGCUUAAAGAUAACAUUUGGUCUGUUCUAUAUUUCGUUUUCAUUGUACCUCUUCCCCUAUUUUUGUGUUAUGACAUCUUAACAGAAGUGGUUUUACCAGCCGGAAGCCAAACCUUGACUGACGCUCCCUUUUCUAACAAACUUUAUAAGUUGACGAUAAUCAUCGCUUUUUUUUCGAUGGUGAAUAGUGGGCCAUUUAUUUUCCGUGCAUUAUCUAAGAAGUCUACCGCAGUUUUGACAAUGCUUUGGAUAACGCUUGUUGUACAAGCAUUGUUCCUUGACCCUUUUGACGAAACUCAUCCAUUAAAGUUGGCGACUUUCCAAACGUACAAUUUGGAUAAUGGGAACCAUACGUUUUACGUAAAAAACAUUGCUCCUUUUACUGAUAAGAUCUUGCAGUUAAACCCUUACUAUACAGCGGAUGGCGGCCAAUGCAAUGAUACCUAUUGUUCCUUUAAAUCUGUUGAACCUUCCUUUGAAGUCAAUAAUCCUAUCGUAUACGACAUAAAUCAAGGAAAACAUCAAGUGGAUCUCACAAUCCGUGCCGAAAGUAAGUGGUGCUCGGUUAAUUUUAAUGACUCUGUGUUUGUUGAAGACGUAAAUGAAAAUCGAAUUGGUAAGGUAUAUACGUCUAUCCGUAUGGGUCAAAGAGAAUUCCUAAAGCCGUAUACUCUUAAUCUAACCAUUACGGAGCCAACAGCUACCGUGAUAACAUGCUUAUAUGAUGACAUUACUGAUGGUACAAUUCCUGCUUACGAAAAUUUCCUCCAGCACUUGCCUGCUUGGUCAGUAGGUACGAAAGCAAGCACUGGUUUGUUGAAAGUAUCUACGUCUUUUACGAUGUUAUAA